AUGGGCCUUUUAUUAACAGGCCCAUCUGAUCCACUUUUUUUCCGGUAUGAAAGAAAAGAGGAAAGCAGAAACGUUCGUAGAUUACUUUUCGAGAAAUCGACGCGGAAAGUUUCAAGCGAAAGAGCUUCUUCCAUCUCUCCGAUUCAUAUUGCGGCAAACAUGUCGAGUCUAUACAGAGGUGUUUCGAGGAAAGAGAAACCAAGACGUCAUCAUGGUUUAAAUCAGCAGAAGAGGCAAGAGAUCAAGGAAGCUUUUGAUCUCUUUGACACUGAUGGUUCUGGCACCAUUGAUGCUAAAGAGCUUAAUGUUGCUAUGAGGGCGCUUGGUUUCGAGAUGACGGAAGAGCAAAUCGAGAAAAUGAUAGCAGAUGUGGAUAAAGAUGGAAGUGGAGCCAUAGAUUACGAUGAGUUUUACUAUAUGAUGACUGCUAAGAUUGGUGAAAGAGACACCAAAGAAGAGCUCACCAAGGCUUUCAAGCUCAUUGAUCUUGACAAUAAUGGGAAGAUAUCUCCUGAUGAUAUUAAACGCAUGGCAAAAGACUUGGGUGAAAACUUCACUGAUGCUGAGAUACGUGAGAUGGUUGAAGAAGCUGACCGUGACCGUGAUGGUGAAGUUAAUAUGGAAGAGUUCAUGAGGAUGAUGAAGAGAACUGCUGCUUAUGAAUACUAAUUAUAGUUGUUGUAAUGAUACUGAUGAUGUCUCUGUUAUAUAUACUAGUUUCCUUUUAACUGAAGGCAUUACUGUAAUGUCUUUACUGAAGAUACAUGAUUCGGUUUAUAUCUAUCUUUAGUGAGACAAGUUUGGUCUUUUGCUUCGGUUUAAGUUUGUAUGGAAGAAUCUCUUUGGAUUACUUUGCAGAAGUUUCUUAUAUGUUUAAUGAGUUGAUAUAA